CUGCAUUACCAUUCUCUAAUAUACGUAAAUAUACGUUCUCUGCUGUCACGAGCGAGAAGAGUUGUAUGUGGAUUGGUCUUAAGCUCCUCAAAUCAAAUGUAUGGUCUGCAUUAUCAAUAAACAGCUGUGAGCCGGUUGUAUAGUCUAAACAGCUGUUGUUAGCGAAGUGUAUUUUUUUUUGUGAAAUUAAGUAAUUGUUUAUACUUUAAUUAAUUAAGUUUAAAAUAUGGAUGACCCGAGAUUAAUGGUUGAAGAAGAAGAAACCAGAAGGGAGCUAAAAGUAUUUGGACGUGAUGUCUCACAAAUACCAUGCUUUCGUAAUAGUUUUAUGUACGGGAUUGGUGGUGGUGUAGCGAUAGGUAUUGCUACUUUCCUUGGCACUUCGCGUACUCGGCUGUCGACACAUGUUGGUUUUGGCACAUUUUUCACCGGCACACUAGGGUAUUGGCUGGUUUGCAGGUAUCAAUGGUCUAAAAAACGUUUUGAGUAUCAACAGUUAAAGGAAGCUAUGCGUAAACAGGGUCUAUACGAGGGCACCGAUCUAGAACGACAGUUACUGGAAGAGGCAUAAAAUUUUAUUUCACUUAACCGACAAAAUAGAUAAUUGUAGCUAACUAAGAACGAAUAUGUACAUAGAUAAUAUUUAAGAAAAUUUUUAUUUAGUAUUUGCCGUUAGUCUUUACAAAAGAAAGCUAAUGCAGCCCAGUUUUGUUUGGUAAUAAUAUUAAUUAUAUUUGUGUUUUUCUGCCAAGUUGCUUACAAAAAGUGCUUUUAUUAAAAUAUGAUUUCCUCCAAU